AUCCUACGUCUUAGGCAGCUUAAGGAAGGGGCUGUGCUUUCGUGAUCUCUUCAGAGCCAAGUAAGGAGGUCCCUCUCUUUGCCUCUGUCUGUCUCGCUCUCUCUCUUUUUAAAAGGACCUCGUGCAAUAAAAGUGCAGAAACAAACCCAGGCGACCACAACAGCAGCCGCGGCGGCAGCAGGAGGAGGAGGAGGAGGAGGAAGAGGAGGAGGAAAAGUCGUAGUUGGGGCAGGCGCUGCGGGGCGGCGGGGCUCGGAGCGGCUCCCAUUCAUUAAGUAAGCAGCGGCCCAGGAAGGUGGCCGAGCGCCCGCGCUGCCCACUCACCCGCUCCAGCAGCCGGACACGCGCCAGCCCCGCGCGCCCCGCGCAGCCCAGCUCCGCAGCAGUGUCUGCGCGGCCGCCGGCUCUCCGCCCCCUGGACUCUCGGACGCUGUGGGGCUGAGAGAGGAGCGCAGAGGAGCAGCGCGGAGCAGAGAACAGCCCGGGCUGCAGCGGGAAGCGCGCGGCGGGCUGCACCGUCGCCGCCGCGCCGCGCCGCGAGCGGGGGGCCGAGCCUCAGCGUCCAGCAGCAGCCGCGGCCGGGAGGCGGGCCGGGCGCGCGGGUGUGUGGCUGCCGCCGCCGGGCGUCUUCGCGGGGCCGAAGGCUCGCGCCGCAGCCAGCGCCAUGCAAAACUACAAGUACGACAAGGCGAUCGCUCCGGAGAGCAAGAACGGGGGCAGCCCGGCGCUCAACAACAACCCGCGGAAGGGCGGCAGCAAGCGGGUGCUGCUCAUCUGCCUCGACCUCUUCUGCCUCUUCAUGGCUGGCCUGCCCUUCCUCAUCAUUGAGACAAGCACCAUCAAACCUUACCACCGAGGGUUUUACUGCAAUGAUGAGAGCAUCAAGUAUCCUCUGAAAACCGGUGAGACGAUAAACGAUGCCGUGCUCUGUGCUGUGGGGAUCGUCAUCGCCAUCCUUGCGAUCAUCACUGGGGAGUUCUACCGCAUCUACUACCUGAAGGAGAAGUCCCGGUCAACGAUUCAGAAUCCCUAUGUGGCGGCCCUCUAUAAGCAGGUGGGCUGCUUCCUCUUUGGCUGUGCCAUCAGCCAGUCCUUCACAGACAUUGCCAAAGUCUCCAUAGGCCGCCUGCGUCCUCACUUCUUGAGCGUCUGCAACCCCGAUUUCAGCCAGAUCAACUGCUCCGAGGGCUACAUCCAAAACUACAAAUGCAGAGGGGACGACAGCAAAGUCCAGGAAGCCAGGAAGUCCUUCUUCUCUGGCCACGCCUCCUUCUCCAUGUACACUAUGCUGUAUUUGGUGCUGUACCUGCAGGCCCGCUUCACUUGGCGAGGGGCCCGCCUGCUUCGGCCCCUCCUGCAGUUCACCCUGAUCAUGAUGGCCUUUUACACAGGACUGUCGCGUGUGUCUGACCACAAGCACCAUCCCAGUGAUGUGCUGGCGGGAUUUGCUCAAGGAGCCCUGGUGGCCUGCUGCAUAGUUUUCUUUGUGUCCGACCUCUUCAAGACCAAGACGACACUCUCUCUGCCUCCCUCGGCUCUCCGGAAGGAAAUCCUUUCACCUGUGGACGUUAUUGACAGGAACAAUCACCACAACAUGGUGUAGGUGCCGCCCACCUCCUGAGCUGUUUUAUGAAAUGACUGCUGACAGCAAGUUUUUGCUGCUCUUCAAUCUCAUCAGACAGUAGAAUGUAGGGAAAAACUUUUUGCCCAACCAAUUUUAAAAAGGAAAAAAAAAA